CGACCUACUACACUCUGUGUUACGUUUAGACAUAGCCAGAUAGAACAAGAGCGGACAAGACAUGCGCUGGUCAACCAUCUUCACCGCGGCGUGUUCCCUGCUCGCCCUCGGGGCGUCCGCCAUCGACAUCGAGGUCAAGGAUAUCAAGGUGCUCUUGACCACGGCUACGGGGGGGUCUGAUAAGACGUUCAAACUCCAGCCGAACCGACCUUUAGACAAACCCAUCGACCUGGAGACGGAUAGUAUUCUUCGCUUGACCUUUACCACCUCGACUCCGCCGCCGAAGUAUGCGCAUCUAGAGUUCAAAGAAAAGGAUACGAAUACGGGUGUUAUUGCAGUGAGGGGCAAGAGCUGGAUCUACGAAGUUCCCAUCAAGCCAUCAGACGGCAAAGCGCGGUUCGACCUCAAAUCCACUCAACUCCCUGCAGGGCUCCGGAGGUCUUCCGGCCGCCUCGCCCUCUCCCUGACGCUCUCUUCACCCUCCACUUCCUCUUCUUCGGCUUCUUCCUCCGGUUCUUCUUCUCCUUCCUACUACUCGUCGGACCUCCUCACCCUCUCCCUUCCUUCCAAACGUCUCCUCCCACCCCUUCCUCACCGACACGCACUCUCCACUAAGGCUGAGCUCGACCCGGCGUUUAGGCCGCAAGAAGAGAUCCUGUGGACCUUUUCGACGGGGGAAAAACAGGUCGGAUGGGUUGUAGGCCUGUUGGGGAGUUUGGUGUUGUUGGUACAGGCGGGUUGGGUGGGAGGUUUGAUCUCCAACCUCCUCUCUGGCAGGAAGACCCCGAGUCCGACCCGGAACGGAUAUUCCUUCCUCCUCACCCUUUUGGGGCUCGAGGGUCUAAUCGUCAAGUAUUGGAUCAAUGGGAGGAUCUAUACCUUCUUGCCGCCCUUCCUCGGACUCGCCCUCGUCUCGGCGUACAUCGGCAAGAACGCGUUGAGGGACGUCCAGGUUGAUCGAUUGGCCAGCAGGUUGAGAGCUUAGAGAUCAAGAUCAAGGACGGUCAGCUGAGAAUCGACCUCUCUGUAUUCUCAAGCGUCGAGACAGGGAAUAUAUAUGCGAUGAUAUAGAAUACACGCAUAGCUACUUGAGUGACUUGGCGGCGAGCCUAUACCAAAGGAUAAAACCGGCGGGUAUGAACGAGUUCAGGGAGGAGGCGAGGAUCAGGAAGAAAGGCAGCGCGGCCGUGACUCAAAUCCUAAGGAUGGGUAAAUCAGCUUAGCCCCCAAAACCAAAGCGUUCCUGGGUGAUUCUAGACGGUACUAGGCGAUACGGAGCUCGUCCAUUCGUGGUCAAUGGGGAAGAGAAGAACAGGUUGCCGGUUGCUUUUCCAGUUCUCGUGUGAGAGUGCGCCCUUGUACCCUCAAUGAAGCAUGUCCUGAAAAAUGAGCUUGACUUCGUAAGACAGAUCUUCGAUAUGGCAUGGUCAAAUCUAUGCUGCA